AAGCUUUCAUUCUUGCUUCUCGUCGAUCAAACAUGGCACUAAUCAACAUAACAGCAACCAUUCUCCUGCUUUUAGUGGCAUCAUCCGAAGGGGCUAAAAUUUUGGGCGUACUACCUCCAGGAGGAAAAUCACAUUUCUACAUCGGGGCCGGUUAUAUGAAAGCGUUGGCCGAAGCCGUCAUCAGUCACAGUCACGAUGUCACAGUCAUCAGCUCGUUCCCACUGAAGAACCCGCCCAGCAACUAUCACGACAUCGAACUGACCGUAGAAGAGGGCGAGGAAGAAUACGAUGAGAACAUGUUGGAUAACAGAAGCUCGAGUUGGUUCACUGCACCCUUUCACAUGUUGAACAUUUUGUACGAAAUGUUGCCCGCUGGAAUGUGUGGAUUCGUUCUGAAACAUCCGAAUGUAGUCAAGCUGCUCAACUCGGAUGAAAAGUUCGAUGUCGUACUGGUGCAGACCUUUAUAACGGAAGCACUGUAUGGAUUUGCACAGCACUUUGACGCCCCACUUAUCACGUUUGCUACCUUAGGAAGUUCCAUGUGGACCAACAGCUUGGUGGGAACGCCAGCUCCAUCGUCACACGUAUCUCACUUUCUACUAAGCUACACAGACGAGAUGUCAUUCUGGCAACGAUUCUUUAAUACUAUUGUUACCAUUUUUGACAGAAUGUACUAUGAAUGGCGAUAUCUACCCGUGCAGAAGCAGUUGUAUGAAGCUGGAUUUCCAAACGCCAAGAUGACUUUCGAGCAACAGAUGCAAAAUGUCUCGCUUGUUUUCGUAAAUCAACAUUUUAGCUUGGGCAAUCCAAGACCUUUGCCGCCAAAUAUGAUUGAAGCCGGAGGUAUUCAGAUUCAAGAGGCGAAACCUUUGCCACAGGAUCUUCAAAGAUAUUUGGAUGAGGCUAGUGACGGUGUCAUCUAUUUCUGCAUGGGAUCCAACAUCAAAUCCACUCACCUUCCAGAAGAGAAACGAAAUAUUUUUCUAAAGGUUUUCGCCAAACUCAAACAGCACGUUCUGUGGAAGUUUGAAGAUGAAACCAUGUUAAAUCAACCAUCCAACUUGAUGAUCAAAGCCUGGAUGCCACAGAACGAUAUUCUCGCCCAUCGCAAUGUAAAACUGUUCAUCACUCAUGGCGGUCUUCUCGGUACUACCGAAGCGCUAUACCACGGCAAACCGAUGGUUGGAAUUCCGAUCUUCGGUGACCAGCCCACGAACAUCGAGAAAGCCGUUCGGGGCGGAUAUGCUGUGCUGCUGGAAUACGAUGCAAUUACUGAGCAGUCCCUCGAGCAAGCAAUCAAAACGGUGCUAAAUGAUCCAUCGUAUUCCAGAAAUGCGGAGCUGGUAUCGGAGCGAUUCCGGGACAAGCCGAUGACUGCGAAAGAGACGGCCGUGUUUUGGACCGAGUACGUAAUUCGACAUCGGGGAGCAUCUCAUCUGCGGUCGCCUGCCAUGGAGCUCUCACUGCUGCAGUACCACCUCCUGGACGUUUAUGCUGUGAUGAUGGCAAUCGUGAUGAUAGUUGUUGUUAUGAACGUGUACAUUUUCAAGAAAUGUUUCCUGAAGGUUUUCCGAUCUUCGGUUAACAAGAAGAAAAAACUAGUUUAGUUGGUUGAUUAAUGAAAACACCCGCAUUUAAGCAAUCAUAUGAAAUUUCACAGUGAUUUAAAUUAGUCGGUUUCAGAGAGAUUUUUACAUAGUCUGUUAAUCGUACUACCUAUUAAGAACUGUUGUGCUUCCAAUACCUACUAAAGAAAUAUGAAAAUUGAAAAUC